CGGAGUUUGCGCAGUAGGCGUGUGGCGACUUUUACUCCGUGACGUCACGGCCGUGCAGGAGCCCGUGUCUCCGGCCGAAGGAGACGCCGACACCUGUUCCCAACGUACGUGGGUACCCGCCGGCGAUGAUAGACGUUUGAACACCCGGCCCCCUCCCAACUCACCCCGGGGUGGUGUCACCGACGAAUAGCUCGAAAAACGCUUCAUCAUCCCGGAGGCAACUCAGCGACGCCUUCCAGCCGGGGGUAACCACCAAUUAGCAGCAAGCGCGUGCCGCGCCAUCGUCCCUGCAAAAAAACAAAAAAAAUGGAAAUUCUUGCGUUGCUGUAUUACCAGUGAGAUCAAUAAUCGAUUGCUGGACAGCGGGACCCGGAGAGCAGCCAUGUACAGCCCCGCUAAUGAAAACGUAGCAGGGUAUCCCAGCGGGCCCAUGGCGGAUAAAGAUGCCAAUCAAGAGACAACGCUGGGAAGCGUCUAUUCGCCAGUGGACUACAUGAGCAUCACCAGCUUCCCAAGACUGCCAGAGGACGACGGGCUUUCGGGGGAGAACACCCUGAAGUCUCGCAAAGACGACGAUCACUUUUUGAGCGAGCAAGAUACGGACCCAGAUCUGUUUCUAAAGUCGGCUCGCCUGCAGCGUCUCCCCUCCUCUGCCUCUGACCUGGCCAGCCAUGACAUAUCACCCCUGCGGGAGACCAACAGAGACCCCUUAGCAGAUGACUGUGCCUGCCAGCGAGAUGGACUGACGGUCAUCAUUACAGCCUGUCUUACCUUCGCCACCGGAGUCACUGUAGCUCUCAUCAUGCAGAUCUACUUUGGAGACCCACAGAUCUUCAACCAGGGAGCAGUGGUGACUGACGUGGCCCAGUGUACAUCUUUGGGCUUUGAGGUUUUGGGGAAGCAGGGCUCCAGUGUUGAUGCUGCCAUCGCCGCCUCCCUCUGUCUAGGCAUUGUUCAUCCUCAUACCUCUGGUAUUGGGGGAGGGGGCGUGAUGCUGGUGCAUGACAUCCGUAAGAACGAGACCAGAGUAAUCGACUUCAGAGAGACAGCACCAUCUGCCAUACAUGAGGAGAUGCUGCAUUCAAACCUCUAUCUCAAUCCUGGCCUUCUGGUUGGAGUACCAGGCAUGCUCAGUGGGAUGCAUCAGGCACAUCAGCUCUAUGGCAGAAUGCCAUGGAAAGAUGUGGUUACAAUGGCAGCGAAUGUUGCCAGAAAUGGGUUUAAUGUUACUCAUGACCUCGCUGAGGCUCUAGCUAAAGUUAAGGACCAGAAUAUGUCGGGGGCAUUCCGAGAUCUGUUCCUUCCCAACGGCCUGCCUGUUCUCUCCGGGUUGUUCACCCGACGUCUUGACUUGGCAACCAUCUUGGAUGCUGUCGCAGCAAAUGGCAUUGCAGAGUUCUACAGUGGAAACCUGUCGCAGGAAAUGGCAGCUGCAGUGCGAGCAACAGGGGGAGUACUGUCGGAAGAAGACUUUGGGAAUUACAGCACAGUCUUACAGCAGCCAGCAGAGAUCAUCUAUCAAGGGUACCACGUAAUGGCAGCCCCAGCCCCACAUGCUGGUGUUGCCUUGAUCACAGCUCUCAACAUCCUGGAAGGCUUCAACAUCACCAAUCAGGUGCCCAGGAACAGCACCUACCACUGGAUUGCAGAGUCGAUAAAGAUAGCAUUGGCCUUGGCUAGUGGACUGGGAGACCCUAUGUAUGAAGCUUCUGUUUCAGAGGUAGUUGCUCAGAUGCUGAGUAAGUCCCAGGCUUCUUUGCUUCGCCAAAUGAUCAGUGACUCUCAGGCAUUUGCUGUUGGUCAUUAUACUCCAUCCUUUGCCUUGGAAGAGGGUGCAGCAGCUAGUCAGGUCAUGGUCAUGGGGCCAGAUGACUUCAUGGUGUCAAUUAUGAGCUCCCUAAAUAAACCAUUUGGCAGUGGGAUAGUCACUCCAUCAGGAAUCCUUUUGAACAGUCAGAUCCUGGACUUCUCUUGGCCUAAUAAAACGCGGAGCUCCUCUCCAUCUAAUCCGCAUAAUAACGUCCAGCCUGGGAAGAGGCCCAUGUCUUUCCUGAUGCCGACAGCAGUGAGACCCUCGGUGGGGCUGUGUGGCACCUAUGUGGCCUUGGGCUCCUCCAACGGGGAAAGAGCCCUCAGUGGGAUCACACAGGUGCUGAUGAAUGUUCUGUCCUCCCGUAAAAACCUAAGUGACAGUUUAGCAUAUGGUAGACUUCACCCACAGCUGCAGCCCAACACCCUUCUGGUGGAUUCUGAGUUCCUAGAAGAAGAUGUAGAACUGCUGCAGGCCAAAGGUCACAAGGUCGAGAGGAAAGAGGUUCUCUCAUUGGUGGAAGGCACGCGGAGAACCAAUGACCUCAUCAUUGGGGUGAAGGACCCACGCAGUGCUGACGCCUCAGCCCUCACUAUGUCAUUGAAUGUGCCCUAGCCACCAGCCUCCUCUGGGAGAGAAUGGGUGGAGGGAGACGAAGCGGUAUGGCUCUGGGGAAACGGAAAUGGAAUUUUUUUUUUCCACUAUCAUUUCUUGACAGUAAAAAAUUAGUAAGAAUAAUUUAACUGUUUGAGAAGGAAGAGGGCAGAAAUUAUGCUCAGAAGGCUGGAUUGCCAGGUUACUAAACCGAAAUUAUGGAUGAAAAAUACUGUGAUUUGACAAGAAAACACAGUAAGCACAAUGAUAUGACAAAUUACUUGUGCCAACAAGAAGUAAAGACACUAACAGAGAUGGGCUUCUCAGAUGUUUUACCCAAGCAUGCGCACAACAACACUAGGCUCACACUCCUUAAGUAUACCCCCACAUCCUCCGUCCACUGUUCAGUCACAACAGAACAGAUUUAAAAGGCAUGUCGGUCCCCAGGGUAAUGUCCGCAUUUCUCUUGCCUGUAUCACAUUAUAUAUAUCGCAUUAAUUUACAACUGUAGUCACAUUUACUAUUGAGUCUGGUGUUCUGUGUCAUAGGUGUGAACACUCCAGCUGUAUUUGAAGAAAGCGGUAAAUAUUAGAGAUUUAAGAAGGGCUUUAAGGAAGUCAAGACUGAUAUGUUUACGUUUGUUUUUUAGUCUCCUGCUAACAAUAAGAAACCCCCUGGCAUGCAUGUAUUAAAACACUCCGUGGAAGAAUUAUGAAAAUGGCAGCUACCAGUGUUCUUGAACACUGAAGACUAAAUGAAUGAGGGGGUGCAUCAUGGUGAUGCAUCACGAGGGUGACUGUACAAAUAUGAGUUCUGCCAGUGCUUCAAAUUUGUGCAAGAGCCCAAUUUCUGUGCCAGGCUCUUGGAUGUUCCGUGGCGAGGGAUAUAGACAUGAAAGCAGUAGUGACUUUGAAAAAUCGAGGCUGCAUAUUUCAUACAUCAGGCUCUUAAUGCACCCAGCUCCUGUGAUAAAUGUUGCCCUUGUUCCAAAUAGCACAUAAAAUCAUGGAGAAGGAAAAAAAAUAAUCGCUACGGCAAUUUGAGCUGUGGUCAAGCCAUAUAAGCGACAGACCCGAACUUGGCUAUGCUGGACUUGAAAUUACAGAAGUUGAUUUACAGUACUCUCACGCUUUUAUAUCAUGUCAGCUUAUCUUGAUGUUGUUUGGUACAAUUAUAUUUGUUUUAAUCUUUUCACUCUAUUUUACAAACAAUUGAGGGGUUUUCUUAAGUUAAAAGCUUUUAUUCUUGGUUGCGAAAUCAACGCAUUUAAAUAACUGAGAUAAUCUUGAGGUGUGGCAUGAUUGUUUUUCUUUCUAAGGUUGUAAACUUAACCUUUUUUUAGAAAGUGGGAUACAUGACUUCGAAACGAGUAGUGAUCGUGUAAAGACGGCUGGGGUAUGUUAGCUACUUUCAUGGUCACAUUUGUAGGCUAUACUUUACAUCCGCUGUUACAGCACAACAAUUUGUUCAGGGCGUUUCAGAAAUGGCUGCAUCUUGUUUAUUUUUUGUAUGCCUUAUAGUAUAGUAAUGAUUGUUGUAUUUGAGAGAGUAUAUUAAAGUGUCCAAAUGCACCUACAACUUUUGUAAAGCAUAAGAAAAAGGGAUAUGUAAAGGUCCAGAAUGGACCAUGCUGAAUGACAGUUGUAAGUUAGCCUUUUUUCCUUUUUUUUUUUUUCAUUUUACGACGUUAUUAGUGCACUCUGUUUGGUGAUGAUUCUUGCCUUCACUGUAGAUUAUCUUGUCUCAAGGAAUCUGCUUGCAAAGCAACUAACCUUUGACUUCGUGUGCAUUAUUUAUUUUUGUGUCUGAUUUUACCCGAGUUGAACACUGUACAUAACCAAGAAAUAAAAUGU